AUGGUGUACUUGGUGGCCCCGCUGCUGCUCCUGGCUUUGACUUUCCCCACGCUGGGGUCACCAGCUAUCCAAACAUCCCAGCCUGGACCGAGUCAGGCCAUGGGGGAAUCUGAGAAGCAACUGGGCCAAGAGAGUGGAGCAUCUGACUCAGUCCUGGUCUCUGUCUAUGUGCAUCUGGACUUUUCAGACAACUGGCCACCGGAACUCUCCAGGACCCUGGCUCACUCCUCUGCCUUGACUUCGUCAUCCCCAAGAACUCUUAGUAGUCUCAGCCUUACGACAGAGUGUAAGGCCCAAGAUGGGGGUUUCUAUUGUGUGUGUCUCUCUGGGUAUCAGUGGAACACCAGUGUCUGCUCCCAUCACUCUUCCUGCCUCACCCUUCACAACCACCAGCCCUGUGACUGCCUUGUCUUCAGCUAUCCUGAGCCCGCCUACUGUCAGUUACUGCCACCUGGUAAGGAGGGUUGGGAACUUGAAAACCAGGCCAUCUCCUGCCUCUCUGCAGUCCCUGGGACACUGCACAUAGACUCCCCACUGCCAAAGCCUGGCAGCACGCUGAACCUGACUCUCCUUGUGCACCUCACCGCCACUGACCUGCACUGGUUCCUGCGGCCCCAAAGGAGCUCCAGCCCCAUCCUUCUGCAACCAGGAUCACAGGUGUCCUUGAACUCUUCAAGACAGGGUCAGGCUGCCCUCAGUAUCUUCAACAUCUCCCAGGACUGGGCAGGCGAGUACAUGUGCUGCUUUGAGGCCCAAGGAUUCAGGUGGGAGCUGCACCAGGAGGUGAGGGUCCCCUUGCAGGAGACAGAUGUGGCGCGACUUCCAGACCAGCUCUCCGUCUCCUGUGCUACUUCCUCUGGCUUCCACCUGCGCUGCUGCAUCCCUAGCACACACCUGGCCCACAAUGCUUCCUGGAGCCCUGGGGAGGGCAACACAGUCUACUUACUCAGUAAGUCAGACUCCGAGUGCCUCGUGCUGGCCGUUCACAGCUGCCCUGCAACUGACACUACAUAUACUUAUGAACUGCAGAGCCCGGAAAUGGCCCCUCUCAAGAUCUCUGUCUCCGUCAGCAUCAUCCAGGAUGGAGACGUCAUGUGCCCCGAGGACUCCUUGGCUGUUACCUGGAAUGUCACCAAGGCUGGCUACGUGGCACAGGCCCCAUGCCCUAUGAACAGGACUGGAAUGAUGACAAGGUCCUGUGGACCUGAUGGGGCCUGGGGACCCAUUCACAGUAGCUGUACAGAUGCCAGGCUCCUGGCCUUGCUGCAUCAAGCCAGGCUGCUGCAGGCAGGCCAGGGCCAGCCUGCUAAAGAGGUGCCACAUCUCCUGGCAAAGUUGCCAGGUCAUGUGGCGGAGGUGAGGUCACCCUCAGAUUUACUGGCACUGUUGGACACCGUGACUGUCCUGGCCAAGGUGGUGGCAGAGACCAGAAUGCAUCUUAACCACAGUGCCCUAAAGGCUCUCCUGACAGCCACAGACAAGAUCCUAGACUUGGACAACAGUUCUUUGUGGACCCCGACUCAGGCCCAGAAGCCCUCGGCAAGCUCAGCUCUCCUGCUGGCUGUGGAGUCCCUGGCAUGCAGCCUGGACCCACAGGAUCAUCCGUACUCCUUCCUCUUGCCCAAUGUACAGCUUCAGACCCAACUCCUUGAGCCCACAAAUCUCACUGACUACAGAAUCUCCUUCACUCAGCCCCCAGUGCAAGCACAGAUUCCGGGGCGCUCAUUGGCCCCACUGGCCCCUAGUGAGGCCAACAUUAGUCUUACUAGCCUGGUGCUGAAGAAAAUGGACCACCUUCUGCCCUCAAACUAUGGAAGGGGGUUGGGGGACCCCCGCUAUACCACUCCUGGUCUGGUCCUUUCCAUCUCCAUCAUGGCAGGUGGCCAGGCUUACCACCAGGGAGAGGUCAUCAUGGACUUUGGGGAUGGAGAUGGCACCCCUCACUGUGUUUUCUGGGACCAUGGUCUCUUCCAAGGUGAAGGGGGUUGGUCUGAUGAAGGGUGCCAGGCACAGGCAGCCCAGGCCAGCUCUACCACUCAGUGUGUCUGUCUGCACCUCACAGCCUUCUCCGUCCUCAUGUCUCCACACACUGUCCCAGAAAGCUCUACCCUGGAGCUGCUGAGCCAGCUGGGCUUGGGGGCCUCCAUCCUGGCACUGCUUGUGUGCCUGGGUGUGUACAAGCUGGUAUGGAGAGUUGUGGUACGAAACAAGGUUGCCUACUUCCGCCAUGCAGCCCUGCUCAACAUGGUACUCUGCCUGCUGGCUGCAGACACCUGCUUCCUAGGAGCCCCGCUGCUUCCCCCAGGACCCCAUAGCCCACUCUGUCUGACUGCUGCCUUCCUCUGCCAUUUCCUCUACCUGGCCACCUUUUUCUGGAUGCUUGCACAGGCCCUGGUGUUAGCCCACCAGCUGAUCUUCGUCUUCCAUCAACUGUCAAAGCACUGGGUACUUCCCCUGAUGGUGGUCCUUGGCUAUAUGUGCCCACUGGGAUUUGCAGGGGGUGCUCUAGUCCUCUACCUACCCCGGGGGAAAUACCUGAGGGAAGGGGCAUGCUGGCUGGAUGGGGAGGGAGGGGCACUCUACACUUUCGUGGGACCAGUGUUGGCUAUUGUGGGCGUGAACGGGCUGGUACUAACCAUGGCUAUGCUCAAGUUGCUGAGACCUUCACUGUCUGAGGGGCCUCAGGUGGAGAAGCGUCAAGCCCUUCUGGGGGUGAUCAAAGCCCUGCUCAUUCUCACACCUAUCUUUGGCCUGACCUGGGGGCUGGGCCUGGCCACUCUGAUAGAGGAGGUCUCCGAAGUCCCCCACUACAUCUUCACGGUUCUCAAUACCUCUCAGGGUGUCUUCAUCUUGCUGUUCGGUUGUCUCAUGGACAAGAAGGUUCAAGAGACUUUACUCAAGCGAUUCUGCCGCACCCUGCCCUCCAGCUCCACCAUUUCCCUGGUGAGUUGCUGGCUUCAAGUCCCCAGUUAUCCCCCUGAGAGCAGGCCUUAG